AUGGGAAAAAAGAAAUGGGCAAAGAAACAAACCGGUGCGAAAACCCCUUCAACCCGCAGGGAAGAAACCCCAGAAUCGCAUCCGCCAACGGAAGAACGGCCGCCGAACCCGCAACUGCAGGAGCAGAACCCUCAGGCUCCGGUGAUGUUUCCUUUGGACAUAAUGGCGGAGUUCCUUCGAAAACAAGACCCGCAUAGAGACUGGGCGGCUGAGUUGGCAAAUUUUAGCCGAAUCGGUAGACAAGAGGGCGUGACCGGAGAAACCCCAGCAGUACCUGCAGCAGAACCGAAUGCGCAGCCCACAGUACAACCACCCACUUCCAUUCCGACCUCCUCGACAACUCAUCCAGAACGGGAAUCUCCCUCAGCGACCACACCAUCAGAGCCCUCGGAACCCUCCCCGACUCAAGAACAAAGCAACUCGAUGGAAGUUGACCCCAUCUCCGCCUAUUACGACUCUGACUUAGGGGAACGCGAAGAGAGGAGAAUAAGGGAACAGGAGAGCCGGGAAGGAAGAGAUGAACCAGAAAGAACGUCGUUAGCGGAGACCAAUCCCCAGGAGAUAGCGAGGGAAUAA